AUGGUCCAACCCACAAUGAACAGGAUUGAAGGCCUUUUAGAAUUGCCUACCUGGAUNAAAAAUCUAAUAGAUGCCAAUAGAAGUCAAAAGGACAAAUUUAUUGGUUGCAUGAGAGAAACAUACAAAGCAUUCGAAAUGGCUCUCACAUGUUCUCAAUAUCUUGGCGUCAGAGACAUGCAACAAUUUAUUGAUUUGAGCUGCGAGAGAAUAAAACCCAGUAACGAACAAAAGAUGAAGUAUUUGGAAUGUCUGAAUAGAAACAUAAAUGUUAGAAAUGCUAUAUCAGAAAGCAGAGUAGAUAUGUUAGUGACGAAAUGUACCGAUUUAGCAAUGGCAGGAUAAGAAUUAUUGUAAUGACAAAAGAGAAUAUAAUGAUCUGAGAGAAGAUAAAUUGAAAACGAAUAAAAAAAAUUGUGCAUUAUA